UCUCUUAUGGACAUGAGACAAUUUAAAGCACUGGGCAAACAGUAAAUCUGGCUGAGUGAACAUGCCAUCAAGUUUGAGCUGAAGACACCAGGCAAAAAAGUGGACACAAGUAACAAACAGCCAUGGAAACCAAGACAAAUGGAUCAAUGGACACCAAAAGCAGUUCUGUGGAGAAUGGUCAGCUUCCUGAUCCUUCCCACUGGGCAGUAGCAGAUGUUGUCAAUUACUUUAAAGCAACUGGAUUUGAGGAGCAAGCAAACGCUUUCCAGGACCAGGAAAUUGACGGCAAAUCACUUUUGUUAAUGACUCGCAACGAUGUUCUGACUGGACUCUCAAUAAAACUGGGCCCAGCACUCAAGAUAUAUGAGUACCACGUGAAGCCCCUUCAGACCCAACACUUGAAAAGCAAUGCGUCGUAGCAGGAUGGACAGAUCUGGACAGUGGAAGACAAUCAUGCAAGGAAAUAGCAGGGUAACUGCAGAGAGCAAAGACUUCUCCCUCUUUUGCAUCGUAUGCAGCUUAGGUGGAAAAAAGAAAACGAUGAAAUUCAAUUGUGAACGUCCUGUCUUUUUGUUUGUUUGUUUGUUUGUUUGUUUGGUCUGAAUGGACUGUGUGUGCGUUUAUCAUGGAGAAUUGUUUACUUAAAUGAAGGGAUGCUGUGUAGGAUUUGUUGAGUCCAGUUUGUUCUUGUUCC